AUGGAACCACAAAACAUCCUUUUUAAGGCGGUGGAGGAGAACGAUUUGGAUCUGAUAGUACAGCAUGCAGCUCAAUAUGCUGGCACGCGCGAUGCUGACGGAUAUGCGGCACUUCACAGGGCUAUCUUGAGUAGAAAGCUAGAGUGCACAGUUAUCUUGGCUCCCUAUGAAAGGGCCUACUUGACCCCGGCCGGAAUAUCACCUAUGUUCUUGGCGGAAAGCAUAGGGUUUCUCCAGGCUAUUGACUGCCUACGGGACCCUCCGCGUAAAGUAAGGACCAUCAAGGAUGAAGACGACAAGGACCUAAGCUUGCAGAUAGGCACAAAUCUGGACUAUCAGUUGGCGCUCCUUGCGGAGCUACUGGACACAAAGGCAGAGCUGGAACAGGUAAGGAAUUGGAAUGCUAAGCUUCAGCAAAAUGUAAUACAGCAGAAUAGAACAUACCUUGAGAAGAGUACAGCUUCCAAUCACACCACUAAUCAAUCUUUUACCAAUAUAGACACCUGUGUUAUCUGCUUAGACAGACCGCGAGAGAUAGUGUAUCUUCCAUGCAGACACUUUAUUGUCUGCGAGCAGUGUUUCAUUGCAUCACAACUACGCACUUGUCCACUUUGUAGAUCACCUAUUGUGGAGGCAGUGGCUGUUCUGCGCUAG